AUGGACCCGGAAACAACCAGCAGCUUGUUUUCGUUGUGAACGACACUACCAGAAACCUUAGACCGGACCAGACCGACCCGGACCGACCCGGACCGGACACAGCCGGACCGAACCGGACCUUGACCCGCAGCUGUCGGUGCUUCGUGAAGCCGCCGCCAUGAACGUGAGUCUCGCGGUGAAGCAGUACGUCUCCAAGAUGGUGGAGAGCAGCGGCCCCGGGAUGAAGGUGCUGCUGAUGGACCGAGAGACGACCAGCAUCGUCAGCAUGGUGUACACUCAGUCUGAGAUCCUGCAGAAGGAGGUUUACCUGUUUGAACGGAUCGACUCUCAGAACAGAGACUGUAUGAAACACCUGAAGUCCAUCUGCUUCCUCAGACCCACCAAGGAGAACGUAGAACAUCUGAUCCAGGAGCUGAGGAGACCAAAGUACGGCGUGUACUUCAUCUACUUCAGUAAUGUGAUCAGUAAGAGUGAAAUCAAAGCUCUUGCUGAAGCAGACGAACAGGAAGUGGUGGCUGAAGUCCAGGAGUUCUAUGGAGAUUUCAUCUCAGUGAAUCCACAUCUGUUCUCACUGAACCUGCCCGGAGUGUCCAGGGGUCGGAGCUGGGAGUCGUCCAUGCUGUCUCGCUGUACUCAGGGUCUGACGUCCGUCCUCCUUGCUCUAAAGAAAUGUCCCGUUAUCCGCUACCAGCUGUCCUCAGACAUGUCCAAACGCCUGGCCGAGAGCGUCAAGCAAAUCAUCACAAAGGAGUACGAGCUGUUUGACUUCAGGAAGACGGAGGUUCCUCCUCUGCUGCUGAUCCUCGACCGGAGCGACGACGCCAUCACGCCGCUGCUCAACCAGUGGACGUACCAGGCGAUGGUCCACGAGCUGCUCGGCCUCAACAACAACAGGAUCGACUUGUCCAGAGUCCCGGGGGUCAGCAAAGACCUGAAGGAGGUGGUUCUGUCUGCGGAGAACGACGAGUUCUACGCCAACAACCUGUACCUGAACUUCGGAGAGAUCGGCACCAACAUCAAGAACCUGAUGGAGGAUUUCCAGAAGAAGAGACCUAAAGGACACCAGAGGCUGGAGUCCAUCUCCGACAUGAAGGCGUUUGUGGAUAACUACCCUCAGUUUAAGAAGAUGUCGGGCACCGUGUCCAAGCACGUGACGGUGGUGGGCGAGUUGUCUCGGCUGGUUUCAGAACGUCAGCUGAUGGAGGUGUCGGAGGUGGAGCAGGAGCUGGCCUGUCAGAACGACCACUCCAACGCUCAGCAGAGCGUUCGGCGCCUGCUGCAGAGUCCUCGCCUGUCGGAGCUGGACGCCGUGCGCCUCGUCAUGCUCUACGCUCUGAGGUAUGAACGCCACAGCAGCAGCGUCCUGCCGGCGCUGAUGGACGAGCUGAGCAGGAGGGGCGUGUCCGAGCGCCACCGCAGGAUGGUUCAGUCUGUGGUGGAGUACGGAGGGAAGCGGGUCAGAGGAAGUGACCUCAUCAUGGCAACUGACGCCGUCGCCAUGACAAAACAGUUCUUCAAAGGACUCAAGGGUGUGGAGAACGUCUACUCUCAGCAUCAGCCGCUGCUUCAUGACACUCUGGAUCAGCUGAUCAAAGGUCGACUCAAGGACAGUCAGUUUCCAUACCUGGGAGCCAGCAGCCUGAGGGACAGGCCUCAGGACAUCAUCGUGUUCCUGAUUGGUGGAGCCACUUAUGAAGAAGCUCUGACUGUUUACAACAUGAACCGAAGUUCACCUGGAGUCCGCAUCGUCCUCGGAGGAAGCAGCAUCCACAACACCAAGAGUUUCCUAGAGGAAGUGAUGUCAUCAGUGGGUCAAGAUGGACCACAAGGAAGUGGUCGCCAUGGCACUAGACGCUGAGAAACACACACUUACACACACACACACACACACACACGUUUAUAUCAGUCUCAUUAUUUUCAUCAUGAAAUCAGUGUAAAUUUUAAAAGACAUUUGAUCUUAUCAUGUUAAAGAAAGAGUUAAAGGUCCUGGUGUUAUUUCCUCUCUGACUCAUGUUUCAUCCUACUGACACACACACAAACACACACACACGCACACACACACACACACACACACAGGGGUCUGGGUUGUUGGUUAUUACGGGGUCAGAAUAUUAGGAACCUCUGAAUCCAGCACAGUGAACCUGGAACAACACAAACCAGUGUUUACACUCUGCUGGUUUUCUGUGUGUAUUUGGUGAAAUGUCCCUUUAACGUGUCUAAAUGUUAAACUUUAGAUUAGAAUCUAAAUAAAUCAUAAACGUGACAAA